AUGCAGUUAAACUGGAAGUGGUCUUCGGAGAAGCAAUAUCCCCUGUGCGUGAAGUUGGUUGUUUCAAUCCUCUUCCUGGGUCUUGCUUUUAGGCUUCUCUUCUACCGAACGAAUGCGUUUCUUAAUGUUUCGGAGACGCUUGUGUCUGUAGAUUUUCAAGAGAAUAGAGAUCGGAUUCCUGAAAAUGGUACUCAACUCUCAAACAACUUUAACCGAUCAGUUUCUGUUGAUUUAGACCAAAGCAGAUAUGAGCUAACCGGAAAACUUAAUCAAUACCCUGAAAAUAGCACUCAAGCGUCAGAGAAUCCAUCGGUUUCUCCAGAUUUAGAGCAGAACAAAGGGCAGAUUGAUGAACAUAACGGUGCCCAUCAACCGGAUAACCCAAAACCAUCAGUCUCCGACAGUUUUCCAGAAAGCAGAGAUCAAAUUACCAAGAAAGGCUUAGAGUAUGCUGGAUUUUUGAUUUGGCAUGAUUAUAAUAAUGCAGAGAAGUGCGAUCUCUUCACUGGUGAUUGGAUCCCCAGUUCAUCUGGUCCACGUUACACUAAUGAGACUUGUAGUUUGAUUGAAGGACACCAGAAUUGCAUGAAGAAUGGGAGGCCGGACACUGGGUACCUCUACUGGAGGUGGAACCCUCGAGAUUGUGAGCUGCGUCCCUUCGAUGCCGAGCUGUUUCUUGAGCUCAUGAGGAACAAAUCAUGGGCAUUUAUUGGUGAUUCAAUAUCCAGAAACCACGUCCAGUCCUUGCUUUGCACUCUUUCAAAGGUGGAACAAGCUGUUGAAGUUUACCAUGAUGAACAAUACAGAUCCAAAAGAUGGCAUUUCCCUUCAUACAACUUCACCGUGUCAGUUCUUUGGUCCCCUUUCCUUGCAAAAGCAGCCACUUUCGAAGACUACAAUGGUGUUUCAACAGCUGACAUUCAGCUGCACCUUGAUAAGCUCGAUUCUGCAUGGACCAAUGAAUUCCAAAGCUUGGAUUACAUGAUAUUUUCUAGUGGUAAAUGGUUUCUCAAAACCGCAUUCUACUAUGAGAAUGACACAACUCUGGGCUGCCAUAACUGUCCUAACAAAAACCAAACAGAGCUUGGGUUCGAUUUUUCUUAUCGAAAAGUCCUCCAAAACGUGUUCAACUUCAUUGUUUCGUCCAACCACACAGGUACAAUCAUUUAUACGACAUCCAGCCCUGAUCACUUUGAGAAUGGAGAAUGGUAUAAUGGUGGAAGUUGUCGGAGAACAGAACCAGUCAAGGAAGGAGAGUUAGAGGUGAACGAGCUGAACAAAAUUCUUCGUGCGGUUGAAAUGGAGGAAUUUGAGAAGGCUGCGGCCAAGGCUUCUGAGUGGGGGAUAAAUCUUAAACUUCUCGAUGUAAUGCAGCUUUCAUUACUAAGGCCCGACGGGCACCCAGGUCUUUAUCGGUACUUCCAUCCAUAUGAUAUGGAUAACAGUACUAAGAUAUUCUACGAUUGUCUGCACUGGUGUUUGCCCGGGCCUAUCGAUUCAUGGAACGAUUUGCUUAUGGAGAUGGUUUUAAGAUAA